AUGGAGGUUGAGAGUUCUCUUAUUCGCUUGCGCGAGGCUACUUCAAUCAUCAACCAAGCCACUGAUGACGCAAACACCAAAGCCCGAUUAGAGCAGACGUGGAUUUUGCAAGACCGGCUUGCCUUUCCUGGAAGGAAACUCGAUUCUUCUUCCAAAAGCCACAUUCGUUCAUUCGGGCAGAUUCGACUCUGUGGGGUGCUACAUGCCUGUUGGCAAGGAUCUCGAGCCAUUCACGGCAUGUACAUGAUAUGUCUGCUUUAUAGAGAUGUGUUCUGCCUCGCUACUGCCGGAAAAGUGGACGCAGUAUACGAUAUCAAAGCUUGUAUAAAUAUCCACAAAGCUAAACUGGAGGAGACAGAUGAUGGACGUGCACGUGAAGAAUCAGAGUGGCGGGGGCACCUGGCCAGCAGCGCCAAGGACGAAGACGAGGGCGUAGUCGAUGCAUACACUACUUUGGCGUUUGAUAUAAAAGGCUUUGGGUCCGUUUUUGGAAAGCCAGGAUCGGUUGCGCGGCGCAUCUCGAUUCAUCGCGCUACUACGCUUGGAGCGAGACUUCCGCAUAAUCAAGUCAUUUUGAAGAAUACAAGUGUCAAGGAUAACACGUCGACAACCUUACCGAUCAAUCGUUCCCAGUCUCUGCUUUCGACUCAGAAAACUCCGGUUCUCGCGCCCGAUCGCAGCGAACGGGCUCGUCUGGAAGCGUUGGUGUCGGAUGUCUGGAGCCGUUAG